AUGGCAGAUCACGCAGCAGAUCCAGCGAAUGAUCCGAAUCAUGCGGCAGCCGCGGCCGCUGCAGCUGCGAAUCAAUGGGCAACAGGACUUGCUGCUGGAAAUCCAUACUUGCCACAGAGUAUACCGGGGGAUCAAAAUGGCGGGAUGCAAUAUCCAUGGGGUCAAGAUUUCAACCCCCUGGCUGGACUGAACGCGCUUCAAGGAGGCUUGCCGGGCGUUCGACCUCAAACGCCUGGCAUGGGACUUCCUGGGUAUCCGAAUCCUUGGGCGCAAAUGGGCGGCUAUCCAGGGCAGGUUCCUGAAGCGCCAAAUCUUGGGAAGGCGGAAACGAAGAAGAAAAAGGAGAAAUCCAGGCCUAGUCCUUAUGAAAAAGGCGGACACAUGCUCCCAGCAAAGCAAGAAAAAGAAGAAGAUCUGUCAAUGCUGACGCCAGCCGAACGAGAGGAGCGUGAGAGGCAGAGACGAGUCGCCAAUAAUGCUCGUGAAAGGUUACGCGUGAGGGAUAUCAACGAAGCCUUCAAGGAGCUCGGCAGGAUGACUCAAAUGCAUCUCAAAAAUGAUAAGCCUCAGACAAAACUAUCUAUUCUACAACACGCAGUAAACGUGAUCAUGAAUCUGGAGCAUCAAGUGCGCGACCGCAAUCUCAACCCAAAAGCAGCCUGCCUCAAGAGAAGGCCGGACGGGGCCGAUCCAAGCUCGAUGGGACUGCCUCAAUCGCAAUUACCGAGUCAGCCAGUGCCGCCAACUGGCUCGCAACCCGACUUUUCGCAAAUUCCUAAUCAACCUGCUAACGGCACUUCUUCGAGUGAUAAUAUGGUGCCGCCCAACAAGAUCCCCUACAGCGAGUUCGGCCCCGGCUCGGUCCUGAACCCUCCUGCUUCUGUUGCCUCUCUGGGAUCGUACCCAUCCCAUUCCGCCGCACCGCAUCUGGACCCCAAUCUGCCCUCGCACAUGUCUUCCUUCCAGUAG